AUGUCUUCUCGCUCUGGAACUACCCUUUAUGUUACCGGGUUCGGCCAUGGCACCCGUGCUCGCGACCUUGCCUACGAAUUCGAACGUUAUGGGCGUCUUGUUCGUUGUGACAUCCCUGCUCCUCGUACUCCCUCCAGCCGACUCUUCGCCUUUGUCGAAUACGAGAGUCGCCGCGAUGCUGAUGACGCAUACCACGAGAUGCACAACAAGCGCAUCGGCCGUGACGACCUGCUGAAGAUUGAGUGGGCUCGCACUCCCCCCUCUGCUUCUUGGCGAUUUGACUCUGGCUCUGGCCGUGAUGCCGGUCGUGAUGCCGGUCGUGAUGCUGGCCGUGACCGUCGCCGCGAUCGAACUCCUCCCCGCCGUGGCCGCUCCCCCUCCCCUCGUCGCGGCCGUGGCGGCGACUAUUCUCCUCGCCGAGACGACCGAUACGAACGGGACGCCGCCGACCGCGACUACGACCGCCGUGACCGUGAUUCCGACCGCCGUGACCGUGAUCAUGAUCGCCGUGAUCGCGACCGUUCCCGCGACCGUUCCCGUAGCCCCGAUGACCGCGAACGCGACGGCAAGGAUGAUCGGGAAAGACGCGAUGACGACCGCGAACGCCGUGAUGAUGACCGCGAACGCCGUGAUGAUGACCGUGACAAUGCCACCAACGGCGACGACAGGAAAGUACCCCUGGACCCAAUGCCUUCUGCUCAUGAUGAGCUUGAUACCGCUGAGUAG